AAAAACCCAUAAAAUGUGUACUCUGAAAUUCCACUUAGAAUAGGUGCGGGAUAUGGUAAUUAACUAUUUAUAAGGAACAAAGGGUGGACAUGAUAAUGUGGGUAUAUUGAUAUCCGGGCGAAACUCGGACCUAAGAAAUGAGGGGACGUCUAGUUGCCCAGGAUAAAACAAUCUCUCGCUUCUUGCUCGUUUUGAACUCGGUACAGCCCGCCGUGUACCAUGCAGACUGCAUCCGGCAACCUCACAUAUCGAUAUUGUCGUUCAUUGGGGGCCCACAGCGAUGUGAACAUGGUCCCCAGGACCAAGUCGUUCAACCGAUCAAUCAGCUUCAGCAAUUCGGAUUUUCUUGUUCAGAAUUUUCAUAGCCACGAUAUCAGUGAAUAUGUAAUAGUGGACCGUGGCGAAUCGGUCCUUCAGGAAUUUGUGGACCGAACGAUAGCAGACUGCAUAACUGAAUUUCGGCAUCUCGUGACGGGUGAGGACGGCAACCCAUUAACUACGUGGAUCACCACUGUUCUCAAAGUCACUGAAACAGGAACAGCAUCUACGCAUGCUGUUUCGGAAAGGUCUGGUUUUCUUCAGUUGGUUUCAAAGCGAGUAAGGCGAUGCAAAAUGGUGGUCGUUCCAUCAGCAGAAGCCAGUUGGUCGAACGCGCUUCAUGCCAUCGUCCAGCUGCACUGGCUUAUCCGCAGUCGGCGUGUAACGUCUUAGUUCAGUAUCUGGCAUUUUGCAAAGAUGAUUUUCAAAUGAAACUUGGAAAUGUCCAUGAAUCACU